AUUGUUUCUUGUGUUGAGUUGAUUUCUAAUAUUGUGUUUGUAAUUGUAAAUCCUUUUUAAGUAAUCAACUUUAUCUUUCAAAUUAUUUGCAUUUUAUAUUCGUUUUGUUACCUGUUGUUAACCUUGUCGUUUGUUGAUUUUUGGAAGUGAUUUUUGUGGUGUUAAACACUCACACAAAUUGAUUUAAAUACAUUCACUUAGAAAAACUAUGAUUCCAAUCAUAUUGAUCUCUGGGAUUAUCACCAUUUUCUGUGCAUCGUCAGCCUUUAAUUUUCUUGCUAAAUACUUUUAUUCACAUUGUAAAUUAGUUCUUGGAACAUUAUAUCCAGCAUAUAAAUCAUAUAAAGCGAUUAAAAGGAAAGAUGCCCGAGAACAUUCAAGAUGGAUGAUGUAUUGGGUUUGCUAUGGUAUUUUCAACGCUGUUGAAUUUUUCUCCGACAUAUUGGUGGCCUUUUGGUUUCCCUUUUAUUAUGAGACUAAAAUUUUCUUCAUCAUUUGGUUAAUGUCUCCCUAUGGUAACGGUGCCAAAGUAUUUUACAAAUCUGUCAUUCAUCCGGAGCUUAAUAAACACGAAGAGAUCAUCGAUUCUUACAUAAAUAAAGCAACUAUAUUUAGCUUUACUGGGAUAAACCAUUUGUGGAGAAACAUUUCUGCACCUUUAAAUAAUGCGCUUGCCUAUGGCCUUACACAAGCACUUUUCCAAAAUAGUUUAAGUGAAAUUGGUCCAGAGAUGGAUAAAGAAAUUACAACCUCUAAGGAUAAAGAAUCAAUGGUGAUAGUUGAAGAGAUUGACAAGGAGAUUGAAAUGGAUACCGAUUUAGUGAUAGAGACUGUGAUAGAUGGAAAAGAAAAUAUCAACGAAAACAUCAGUCAAAGUCUUUCCAGGGAAAAUGGUAGAUUAAGACCGAAAAGAGUUAGAAAAACAGUGAAAUAGUUAAUUAUUGAACAAGCGAAAUUGUGAUUAACUCAUUGGAUCGUUAUAACAAAAUAAUUAUUCUCAUCAUGGAACAACAAUUAUAUCAAGAAAUUACUGCCUUAUAACAUGAACCAAUCCAUCGAAUAUCAUCACCAUCAUCAUUUACAACAAACUAUUAUCAUUUUAUCACCGUCACAAUCUCAUCUUACAAAUUGAUUAACCAUCAACCAGUUCUGUAGAAGCGAAUCCAAUAAUUAAUUUCGUAACCAACAAACACUAUCACCAUUUUUUUGCUACUACUGUUUAUUUCAAAUCAGGACAAUCAUCAUCCCAUCAACACAAUUUAGUGUUUAUUCAAUGAAUAACAAAAUCCAUUGCCAAUGAAAACUUUUUCCAAUCAAUUAUAUCUCCUCUCUCUCUCUCUAAAAACAAUCAACAAUUUAGAUGAUCUUUUGUUUCUGUUGAAUCAUCCUAAUCAUCAUAAUCAACAAAACAACAACAACAAUAACAACAUGAUCAUCAAUAUCAACAACAUCAUUAUCAUUAUCAUUGUACAUUAAAUUGUAUCCAUCCAAUCCAAUAAGUGUGUAUGUAUGAUAUAUAUUAUAAAAAAAGUCAUUUAAUCAGGUUAAUUAAUCAGGGCAUAAUUUUUUCAAUUUCACCAGCCACUUCUCGUGCAUAAACCUUUAGUAUAUCAAAGUGAGUCGCAUUGAACAUUACCGUUUUCAAUGAACCUUUGAUAAUCUACAAAAAAAAAGAACGAAAAAAUCAAGAAAAUAACAAUUAACUCAAUUCGAAUUGUAUAUUGUAAAGUAUAUUAAGAAAUCAUUUCAACUGAUUUCGAAAUUUGUGUAAAAAAAAACUUUCUAAAUGUAAUACUUAGUAUUUGUAACUAUUAA